AUGAAGAACAUUAUCGUAAUUUCGAUUUUUAUCAUAAUAUUGAGUUGCUGCAAGGCAAAUGAUAUAAAUCCAAAAUGUGAAACGAAUAAAAGAAAUGUGACAAUAAGGAAUGAAAAUAAGCCAACAAUGUUGAUUUUUGUUAUUGGAUUCAAAAAUCCACAAAGUGAAAGAGUGAGUUUGAGAAGAAAUAUUAAAGUGGGAAGUUUUAUUUUUCAGGCAGCCAAGGUGUAUUACCUGAUUCAACAAGUGUAUUGUUCAAUUCCAAAUGUGAGCGGCCUUGAUUAUGGAUUGAUUUUAUAUCCGAACACUGCUAUUCAAUCUUUCACAUCUUCAGACUUUCCAAACACAUUGUUAAAAGCUCAAAAGAGUGGGUGAUGUUGAUUUGCUAUUUAUUAAUGAGAACUGAAUAAAUUACAGACACUGAUAUCGCCAAUUGUGAAAAUUAUAAAGAGAGUCUUAAAAAUGUUGGUUCACAAAGUGCAUUAACAAAUUAUAAACGCGUUGAAUUAUUUAUUGUGAUGGAUUCUGAUGUUGUUUGUGAUUUCUAUACAGAAUUCAAAAGCAAAAACUUGGAUUCUAAAUUUCGUUUCAAUGCGAUUCGAUUCGAUUCCAAAGUCAUUAAUGGAACUUAUUCUUUGAAUUAUCCAAAUAUCGAAUCGAUUAAUAUUAAUGGUCAGUUUUUAUUCAUCAAAAACUUGAAUUCAAAUUCCAAAUUAUUUCAGAAACGAAUGCAUCUUCUGAAGUCAAACUCGCUGCCUUCAAUUUCAUUGGUGAUAUUUUUGGAAUUCCUCGAUCGGAAGAAGAAGAAGAAGAAGUAGUAGUAGUGGAAGAAUAUGAUGGUCAUCGAACAGUUGAAUAUAUUGUGAUUGGUUUGAUAGUUCUUGGAUUUCUUAUUGGUGCAAUUGGCAUAUUUUUCAUGGUUCGAAAUUCGAAAAGAAACGCGAGAAUAAAAGAGGAAACAAGAGUUGCUGAUAUUGAAAGAAGAAAACAAUUAGAAGUGGAAGCGACGAAGAAAAAAGAAGCAUAUAUUUUGAGAUUGUAUGGACCAAGAAAUAGUGAGUUUUUGAGAAUUCUGCAGCUUCGGAGUGAGAAAAUUUCAGAUGGCGUUCAUAAAAUCGAUCUUGAUGAUCUACCAUCAGAACAAGACGCAUAUGAUGAAGGAAAAUUGACACCAAGACCGUCACACACUGAGACCAAAACUGAGAUCAAGAAAAAAUAA